CGUCCUCGCUCGCUCCCUCCCUCCCUCCCUCGCGAGCUCCCAGGCGGCGCCGUGCGUUCUCUUCCGCAGCGGCACCAUGGCCGGGGACCUGCGCGGGCUCCUGCGCCGGGGCCUCUGGCUGCUGCUCCUGGCCCCCCACCUCCUCCUGGCCAGCGCCUCCCAGGAGACUGACUAUGGCACCCUCAUCCAUCAGCAGUGCCUGAGCCGCUUCAAGGAGAACAUGGAGGCUGUCGGGAGGACUCUGUGGUGUGACUGGGGGAAGACCAUCGGGAGCUACGGGGACCUCACCGACUGCACCAGGACCGUGGCGGACAAACUGGGGCGCUUCUGGCCCAACGCAGAAGUGGACAAGUUUUUCAUCGCCAUCCACCAGCGCUACUUCAGCAGCUGUCCCGUCUCGGGCAGGAUCGUCCGGGACCCCCCCAACACCGUCCUCUGCCCCUUCAUCGUGGUCCCCGUCACCGUGACCCUGCUCAUGACCAUGAUCGUGGUCUGGAGGAGCAAGCGCACCGAGAGCAUGGUGUAGGUGGCCCGGGCAGGCGCCAGCCUGGGCCACCCGGGGGGGGGGGGCGGGGGGAGGCCGGAGGGCUGUGGACCCCAGAUGGCAGACCAGGCACGAACUCGGACGCGCCCUGGCCGGAGGGAUAGCAGAGCCCUGACUCGCCUCCCUCCAGGGGUGUGCUCCGCUCUGGGUCUUCGGUGUGCUUGUAACCGCCAUGGGUGUUCUGACCUCCAGCCCCGGCUACUUACCCACUAGAAGUGUUUGUGAAUCGUAGGUUGUGAUUAAAACGUUGUGCUU